UUAAGUCGCAACACCGACUCUUAUCAAUGGUGUGAAGCAGCCACCAUAUUAACGUAUACCUACCGCAUACCUCGUAGACCCAUUCAACGCGAGCCCCACGCCACUAUCACAAUCCACAAGCUCUUCUCAAUCGCGCCUCGCCGCGCCCCCUCCCGACAAGGCAAAUUCGACAGCAGCGUGCGGCGUCCUGGACGGCGGACAAAAGCCGCGACGUCGUCGGCGACUCCCACCCCCGCCCCAGCUUUUCGGCAACCGGCCUUCUCCGCAACUCAGCAGCCGCCGAGGCCGGUGGCUGAACACAACAAACACCAGCCCAUCACUCAUACGAGAGCUCCGAGUCCGCAACUCUUUCGCCCGAUCAAUUCCACCGAGGCGCUCAAGGGCCUCCUCCCCCAAACCAACCCCACGCUGCGCAGCCGUCCGUUAACGUCGUCGUUGUCCGUUAUCGCCGUCGCCACGCCACCAGCAAUCGCGGCAGCAGCAGCACCACCACCAUGUCGGUCAAGUUUGAGAAGGAGACGAUCCGGAGCGUCGGCGGGGCCGUCGCGCCCGGCGGCAAGCAGCACGAGGGCCUCGUCCACGAGGUCGGCGAGGCCUUGACCCGCGGCGGCGGCGCCAAUGGCUACCUGGCAGCGUACAUGAAGCAGCUGCAAUCGAACCCGCUGCGCACCAAGAUGCUCACGUCGGGCACGCUGUCCGGGCUGCAGGAAUUCCUGGCCUCGUGGAUCGCGCACGACAGGAGCAAGAGCGGGCAUUACUUCACGUCGCGCGUGCCCAAGAUGGCGCUGUACGGCGCGUUUAUCAGCGCGCCGCUCGGCCACUUCCUCAUCCACAUCCUGCAGAAGAUCUUUGCCGGGCGCACCAGCCUCAAGGCCAAGAUUCUGCAGAUUCUCUUCAGCAACCUGGUCAUCUCGCCCAUCCAGAACACCAUCUACCUAACGUCGAUGGCCAUCAUUGCGGGCGCGCGCACCUUCCACCAGGUCCGCGCCACCGUCAGGGCCGGCUUCAUGCCCGUCAUGAAGGUCAGCUGGCUGACAUCGCCCGUCUCGCUGGCGUUUGCGCAAAAGUUCCUCCCCCAGGAGACGUGGGUCCCCUUCUUCAACAUCAUCGCCUUCGUCAUCGGCACCUACAUCAACGCCCACACCAAGAAGAAGCGCCUCGCCGCCCUGCGGAGGAAGCACUACGGCGACGGCCGCAGCCAGAGUGGCCGCGACGACUACGACAGGCGCGGCUACUAGGCCGGCCCAUCGCUUCGGCGGUAGCGGAAGCGGAGGCGGAGGCGGAUGCGGUAGGGGCGGUGGUGAUGGUGAUGAUGAUGGUGAUGGUGGGGCGCGCGUGCGCAUGUGCGCGCGUUAUACGUGCCUGCGCUUGCUGUGCGCGCCCGUCUUGUGUCAGGCCGAGGCGUCCGCGUCCGCGCCACGACAACAUACCUACGUGCGCUUCUUCACGGCCGGAGCGGCGCGCAAACUGCAGCGAAGACUCUCCGCCGCAUGCGCCCGUCACGACUUUCUUUUUGUUUUUCUCUCGCAGCUGCCUUUUUCUCCUUUCAGGUACGAAUGAAUCGAACGAUAUAUCCCCUUUUCCCUGCGUUUGCGCGGGAUGCUUCCUGCUUCCUGUGCUUGCGCGGGAUCUCGCGUGGGGAGCUUCAGAAUCCGUGAC